AUGUCCAGAAGAUACGAUUCAAGAACUACCAUCUUUUCCCCAGAAGGACGUCUUUAUCAAGUCGAAUAUGCUCUCGAGGCUAUCUCUCAUGCAGGAACAGCAUUGGGAAUAUUAGCAAAGGAUGGAAUCGUAUUAGCAGCAGAAAGAAAGGUUACUAGCAAGUUAUUGGAGCAGGAUACUUCAGCUGAGAAGCUUUACAUCUUGAACGACAAUAUGAUCUGCGCAGUAGCAGGUAUGACAGCUGAUGCCAACAUCCUCAUCAAUUACGCCCGUCAAGCUGCUCAACGAUAUCUCCUCACCUACAACGAAGACAUUCCUUGCGAACAACUUGUACGUCGAUUAUGCGAUUUGAAACAAGGUUAUACUCAACAUGGUGGUCUUCGCCCCUUUGGUGUUUCAUUUAUCUAUGCCGGUUACGACCCACAAAGAGAGUUCCAAUUAUACCAGAGCAAUCCUAGUGGUAACUAUGGAGGAUGGAAGGCUACAAGUGUUGGUGCAAAUAACGCUAGUGCUCAAAGUUUGUUGAAGCAGGACUACAAGGAGGACUGUGAUUUGAAGGAGGCUUGUGGAAUGGCGGUCAAGGUGUUGAGCAAGACUAUGGAUUCUACAAAGUUGAGCAGUGAGAAGAUUGAAUUUGCGACGGUAGGAAAGAACAAGGAUGGCACCAUUUACCAUCACCUCUGGGGCGCGGAUGAGAUUACGACAUUAUUGAAGGAACAUGAUUUAGCUAAGGAUGAGACUGGACCAGAUGGCGAUCGAAUAAUCAGUUAG